AUGUACAGAGGAAAGCCCAGUUCAGCAUGUGCCCCGUGCCGGAAGAGACGGCUGAAGUGCGACCGGCGUCGGCCAUCUUGUUCACAAUGUAUCAGGAUGAAAAAGGAAUGCGUGGGGUACCAGGAUCCCACGGCGCUGCGAUUCUUCGACCAGACAAAUGAAGUCGCCACGAAAUGUCAGAACAGAGCAGCUGCAGAAAAUACAGCAGCAGUGCAGCCGAUAUUCUGCAUCUCCCCUUCCAUACAAGACCAGGCGAUCGCGCAUACUCUCAAGUGCUAUGUUGGCACUACCAAGAGUCAGAGCGUGCUCGCCUAUCUUCCGGAUCUGCUGAGAACGGACCCGACUGAUGCCCUCCAGGCGACUCUAAGAGCGAUAGGACUGGCGUCGAUGGCUCAGAUUCAUAAAUUGCCGGCUUUGAGACGAUCGGCAGGAGAGGAGUACAGCGUCGCCUUGCGAGCGAUCAAUCAGAGCCUGCAAGAUGCAGAUACGGCCACGUCCGACUCCACCCUGGGGACUGUGGUCCUGUUAGGGUUAUACGAGAUUGUCGCGUGCCAUGAGUCAGAUAUGGUCCACGGCUGGGUGAACCAUGUCCGAGGCGCAAUUAAGCUGCUUGAGCUACGAGGAGAGAAGCAACUCGCAUCUGCGGUGGGGAUUGAGCUAUUCACAGUCGUGCGACUGCAGUCUGCCAUGAGCAACGUAUUCUACAGAACGAAAUAUCAUACCUCGCCAAGAGUGUUGUCGUUAGCAAAGCUGGCAAUGUCAGCCUGUGAUGGCAAUUUCCAUCCUCUGGAAGCAUUCUAUAACAUCCUGCUUUCUCUCAACGAUCUCUCAAUUGCCAUAGAAGAGGCGUACACGCACGACGGUUUCAGUGGAGACGUGGCACCGCUCAUUACACAGGCCAUCCGUCUCGAUGCCGAUUUGGCAUCUUGGGCAUUGUCCCUGGGACCUUCAUGGCAAUAUCGAAUUGUCAAUACUUCACAGUCUCCUGUUGGAGACUUGCCUUUCCCGCCUCAUGAUGACGAAUACCAUAUAUACCCAAACCAAAGAGCCGUGACUCUUUGGAACCACUAUCGUCUGGCUCGACUCACACUUCAUGAGCUGAUCCAGCCAAUAUACUUAAGUAUCUCAAUGCGCCAGGAUACGGCAUGGCCAGAAACCCAGAAAACAAUGGCCCAAUCAACAGCAGUUAGUAAAGAGCUUGUGAAGAAUAUCUGCGCCAGUGUCCCGUACUUUUUCACAUCCGAUGGAACGAGAUUCACGGCUGGUGCUCGGCUGCCAUGGCCUUUGUUUGUCGCAGCGGACUCUGUGAGUGCCUCGCCGUAUACCAGGGCCUGGAUCUGCCUUGUUCUUGGCACCAUUGGGAAGUUUACGGGUGUACAGCAGGCCCGCAUUAUGGCUGAUGGUAUCAAGCGAGGACACCAUGGGAUGACCUUGAUUCCGGGUAAAUCUCAAUAUGUUUGA